UUUUAUCGCUGGCCAACUAUGAACAAUUCUGUGAUAAUUUUCAUUUCUUUCUGCAUCUUUUCAACGUUUGCAAAUACUACAGUCUCGGAAACCAGUAAUCGACGCUUAAAAAUGUGUUGUGCUCGUCAAAAAGAUGCCGACAAAGACUGUAGACGAAAAUUUUGCGACUUUAAUGCUCUGAAUGCAGACAGUGUUGGAUCGCUAAUAACCACCUGCUCCCGUGGUCCGACCCUGAUGAGGCUUUGGGAUUGUGCUUCUUCUCGUGUAGAUCAUACACAGUGCUGUGCAGCAAAGAACAUUCAGCCACAAUGUAUGGUUUACUGCAAUGCAAGAAGAAUUCUACCGACGGAUCACUUGUAUCUGACUUGCUUUGCAGCAUUUAAUGCAAUUCGAGACUGUUUCCGUGAACAUCUGGAAAAUAACGCCAAUUUAUAUGGAGACAAAUAA